CACGAAAACAAAAAUCUAUGCUUUUUCAUAUUUGUCAAUGUUCUAACACUUUCAAAGAAUAUAUUAGCUUAGUCACUUACUUAUUUUUUUUUACAAAACAAAGUAUCGGAGUCUUGAAAGUUGAAUUCAUAUUAUUGUAAAUGUACAUAAGAGUUUGUGAUUAUAUAUUUAGUGAUUCUUGUAUAUGUGUUCAAAGAAGUUUCAAUGGCUUAGUGGUAUAUGCCCUAUAUUUAUAUCAUACUAACCUGGGUUCGAUCAUUUCCUUUGUAUUAUUUUUUUAUUUUUUACGGAAAAAUAAAUGAGAUGACGUGGCAACUUCGGACUCUCUGAUUGGAUGAUUUUUUGUGCCUACGUGGACACUCUAAGAGGAGCUUAUAUCCCCUUUUAGUAUAGUAUAGAUCAUACAAAUAAAUUAUAGAUUUUGGGGGAAUUUAAGAAGGUAGUAAAUAAUGGAGGGAAUGGUGAUACCGUCGUUGCAGGUUAUUAACAAUGUACAGCAUCCAUGAUUACUACUCAUAAGGAACCUCUGACUUUAUGAGAUAGUUUCAGGAUUUGUAGCUUUGUUUUGGCAUACUUUGAUAGAAAGAAAACAAGGAGUUUGAGUUAAAUACUGAGGCCACAAAUAGGUACAUAACAAAACCGUUUAUAAUACUGUAAAAGCUGUCGGACCAAAGUCCGGUGGACCUCAUGGGAUGGAUUGAUGAAUACGUAAGACAGGCAGAGAGCUGGGCCAGCAAAAAGUGACUGUAAGAACUACUAAGGAGAAGUGGAGGAAGAGUCUACAAAAAAAAGAAGUUGGAGGGAUGGACUCAGCAACCCUGGUUACAAUCAUAGAUGCUUCUUUAAAACAUAUGUGUCUAAAUAAAAACCUAAUGAAAUGAGAAAAUGCAUAUAGUUGAGCACAAAACCAAACCCAACCAAGAUUUCAUAAUUCAAAAUGGAAUCGAUGUUUGAUACCCGAGAUGUUAGAACAUUAACUUUUGUAAUUAAGGAAUACACAAUCAGAAAGUUUGGAAUGAGAUGCUUUGGAUUUCUUGAUACGGAAGAGUAAGAGAUGCUAUAAGAUUCCUUGUAACACAAGGCAACCUAGAACAUUUAACGGUUAGAACAAGUAAAGAACUUUGCAAUAACAAAUCAUAUUAAACACAUGAUUAUAACAAACAAUCUUCAUUUCUAGCGUAAUACAUUUUACAAGUCAGUUUUCUAAGCAUUACCAAUUAUCUUCACCAAAAACUUCUCAAGAUUUUAUAGUAUACCAACCAAUGGCCUCUAUGGUCAAUAUUAUGAGUCCAGUGGUUUCUAAAAACCUCAUUACCAAUUUCAAAGCUUUUCGUCUCAAACACGAUCUACCUUCUCUACAACACACUAGGGUCGAUGCAAUCAACAAUGGUCCAAUAAAAAUGAUGAAGAAGUAUGGCUCACGGAGAAGUAUUGUGGUUUCGUGUUUAGAUCAACCUAUUUCUAUGCCAAAUCAGCUCUCGGGAUACGACGCUGUUAUGAAGUUCUAUUCGUCUAUCAACGAGAAGAAUCAAGAUCAACUAAGAAAUUGCAUCUCCAACGAUUGCUUUGUUGAUGACUUUUCCUUCUCUAAACCAUUUCAUGGGAAAAAGGAAGCCAUGAAGUUCUUUGAAGAACUGGUGAACAGUAUGGGACAAAACGUAAAGUUUUGUGUUGAAAAUGUUUGUGAAGGAGAUGGAUAUAAUGCUGCUGUUAAUUGGCAUAUAGAAUGGAAAGGACGUAAAAUUCCAUUUACGAGAGGAUGUAGCUUCUAUGAAUUUACAGACGAAGGAGGAAUACUGGUUAUAAGAAACGCGAGGAUUCUAAUUGAAUCGCCAAUUAAACCAGGAGGAAUUGCAUUGACUUUGCUAAAGAACAUAACGUUCUUGUUCGACGAGUUCCCACAAGUUGCUGACUGGUUUUUGGGGAAGCCUUAUGAGAUAAUCCAAUUAACAUUAACUAUCUGAAGCUAUUGAACAACAUGACCGAGUUCUUCUUACUGAUUUUGAAUAUUAUCAUCAAAACUCAAAGUCUGUUCUUUAAAUGGAAGAAAUAAGGAUUGCGUGGUUUCUAAUAUCUUCUGUUCUGUUAUAGUAUUGUGGUUAAUAAUGUUUUAAGAGAAUAAACACUUUCAAUUUUUUAAUAUUUUGGCUGUUUCAAACGAACUUCCUAACAUCUUUGGUUCCUCAAAAGAGGGUAUGCACAGCAUCAACGUUCCACAUAGUUCACUCUUUUCAUACAUUAUUUAUGUGGCUGGCUGGUUCGUGCAUUUUUUAGCUUAAUAGCUGAUAAUUGUUGCAUUAAUACUGAAAUUUAAGCAAUCUUGUAAAAAUUGACACGUGCAUGACACAUGGGUCGUUGUGAGCUUGUAACCAGAGGAACAUGUGAGAGUGAGACUUCCAUCUAAGAAACAUUUACACUAUUCCGUUCAUGUGAAUGACAGUGGUUUCUAAUCAAAAUUUCGUAACUCAAAAUGGUAAGUCUAAAACAUAUACUACUUUUGAUCUUUGUAUAACGGUAUCAAGAUUCUACCAACUAUUCCAGAGAGGUAAUAAAGAUUAAGAGGCAUUUGUUUAUAGCUCAACGAUUUGGAACCGUGGGACAAGUUUCGUUUUAGCAUCAGGAACACUACAAAGAGGUACUGAGAUUACCUCUAGAACAAGGCAUUUGUUUAUAGCUCAACGAUUAUAAGCCGUGGGACAAGUAAUUCAUUUGGAAAUUUCGAAGAGGUAUAAGAUUACCUCGAGGACGAGGCAAAUAUUUAUAGCUCAGUGACUAGGAAACCAUAGGACAAGCUAAUUCACGUUCUGGCAUAGAGGUCACUUGAGAGAGGUAAUUAAGGUUCCUCGUUUCUUGUAUAACACACAUCUAAGUACUUAGGGUGCAACUGGAUUUACAUUUUUGGAAUGAAAUUGUAUGGAAUGGCUUAUUCCUAUGGAUUCCAAUUUUUUUUACCAUUUACUUUGAAUACAAAAUAAAUCUCAUUCCAAAAAUUCAUGUGAAAUAAAUGGAAUCAAACGGAAUGUAGUUAUAAUUCAUUCAUGAUAAAAAAAAGUAUGUAAAUGAGAUGGAAUGAAAUCAAAUUAAUUAAGAAAAUGUUUUUAAUUAAGUUAGAUAUUAUGUAACUUGUUUAUUGUAUUCAAACAAUAGUUUUUCUAAGAUUCUUGAGGUUUAAAAUUCUUGUACCCGUUUUGUUAAUAAUUAAAUAUUGGAAAGUUUGGAAACACUCAUUGAUAAAGAUGCCUUUAACUAAUGUUAAUAAUAAAAAUUGUAUUGGUUUCGACAUAAUAAUUAUUUAUAACGUAAGCUAUAUAAAUUAAAACACCUCCCAGUAAAUUCAUUAUCAAACCUUAAUUUUCUGUUACAUAUGUGUAUAUAGCUUUAUAUUUUAAACGAACUAACUAUACAAUAUGUUAAUUUAAAUUUAAAUUUCAUUUCAUUUCAUUACAUUCCUCUAAAAAGUUAUCAUUUGUGUUAUAAAAAUAUUUCUCUGCAAUUAUUCAUUCCAUUUAUUUUACAAUUCCAUCAUUCCAUUAGUUGGUAUUCCAUUUUUCUUAAUUCCUUUCAUUCAUAAUAUUCCAAAACUUGAGUACCAGUUACGGUCUUAGAUUUCACAACAGUUUUAGAGUGAAAGUUACAAUGUCAUGUAUAAUAUUGAAAAGCAAUCAAAAUCCUUUGUAAUAAAAUGUUCUUACAAAAAUGAAGUCUUGGGGAAAGUUUAAGUCCCAAAAUUAAAAUAAAAUAAAUAAUAUGCACGGGAAACAAACUAAACACAAAGAAAAAAAACAAUUAAAA